AUGUUCUCAUUUAGAUCUCCCUCUUUUGCAACUCGUACCUUGAGUCGAGUUUGUCAACAGCCUAUUUCCGCCUACCGAGUUGCUGCGCCCGCUGCCCGUUCACUGUUGACACGUCACUUUGCCUCCUUAGAACAGAACCCUUCAAGUUCUCCUAAGAGAUUUGCCCAUACAUCCGCCAGCAAAGCCCCCGAGGAUUCAUACAUUAAGAACAACCUGGAAAGACAUGCCUCUCUGAAAGACAAAAUUGUGGAUCUAGGCAAGUUCAUUGAUAGUUGUGAAUUGUGCAUGGUGACUACCGCCAAAGGUAAUCCUCCAGCGCUGGUGUCACGAUGGUUCCUCAAACUGAUACAUAAUACUUGCUUUUGCAAUUUCCAGGAACAAGCGGGCGUCUCUUUGAUCUUCCAUACGAAUACACAGUCCACCAAAACCGAGCAUCUCAAGGAUGAUCCUCGAGUGAACAUCUCUUUCUUGAAAGGCGAACGUGGAGAAUGGGCUUCCAUCUCAGGAGAUGCGUCAGUUGUUACUGAUCGAGAAACAAUCCACAAAUAUUAUUCCUCAACUCUAAAACCAUGGUUCGGUGACUUGGACGAUGGAGUUCAUGAUGGUGGGCCCGAUGAUCCACGAAUUGGGGUGAUCAGAGUAAAAACGACACAGGCAGCAUACGCUAUUGUGGGCGAUGGAAUGCUAGGCAAGGAUGCGAGUCAGUUCACUGGGUCAGCUAAGGAUGUCCCUAGAAUCAACAAGCUGAGACUUCUCACAAAGGAGGAGCUUCAGGAAUGGCGCGAUGCUAAUGGAACUGCAUAA